GUCAUCGGCCGGGUCGUCACUCACAUUCUCCUCCUACCUUGCUUUUCCCCAUUCACGACCCCAAUCAUCCUACCACUAAUUCGCUUCUCACGGCAUGUUCUCAGCAUUCAUACGAUCUGUCCCGCAAAUAUCCAUAUUUCAUAGCACAUCCUCUCCCCCGUCUAUAACCGCGUUGCAGCUCCUCCGCGCAGCGUUGUCUUCCCCGUACCCUCCCUCCAAGCCGAAUGCGCCUCCUCUGAAGUUCAAUCUCGAGGUCGUCGAGAACAAGCCCCCAACUAGUGAUCAGCUACGGACUAUCCUAUCAUACAUCCCAGCCGCAACUUCUGCGUCGGGCGGCGUCUCACCAGACGUCCUUGUCUCCUCUCAUCCGACGGUGGAGGCGCGACCCACCAGCACUGAAGACUUUGCGAAACUCGCCACGCAGAACCUCCAUGCUCUCAAGUGGCCAAUUGUGGUCAACUGGGAUGCUGGCCGGGCUGCUGUGGGAGAUGUAGAAGGUGUGAAGAGCAUCUUGGAGGAGCUUCGGAAGAAGAGGGAUGGAGAGGCUACGGAGGACGGAGACCAUAAGCCGAAGGGCUGGUUCUCAUGAUCUCCGACAAGUAUGUCAACGCCUUCAGUGUACUUGUAUGAUGUAGCAAACGGUGACUCCCACUCAAAGCCACGAUACUUGUGGUCAUUUCAGGCGGACACGGUUUCUUUCUUGGCACACAAUGACCGAUUGCAAACCGACUUGCUGCCCGCCUUUGAAUCCUGAACUUUUUCUA